AACUUCGCUGACGUGUAGGGGCAACUCGGAUUGAUGUGUCGCGCACUUUUUGGUGCCGAAUUGUUUGGAUACGAGGACGUGACCUGUGAAGAGAAGAGCUCUGCAGAUGAUCUGGCUCAUGGUCAAAAACCUCCUGAACAUCUGGGUCAGGAAAAAGAUGAGUGUGGAAGUGGAAAGAAAAUUUGUGUGCAAUGCUGACACUCUGAAAACUCUGGAGGAGAUCGGGGCAGUGUGUGUUGGUCAACGCCAGUUUUGUGACCAGUACUUUGACACCUCAAAGUUUGACUUGACUUUGAAAGACAUUUGGCUGCGUAAACGUACAGGAUGCUGGGAGCUCAAGUGCCCAGCGGCAGUCAACGGGACAGAAGAGAAGUCUGGACAACAAUCUAAAGCGGCAGCACUGUGUUCCCGCUACAAGGAGAUAACCAAUCUGCCUGAAAUUCAGCUGAGAGUGAAGGAGGUCAUUAAAGCUGUUUGUGAGGAUGGAGAGACAGAGACAAGCCCCUCACAGGAGGAUGAGUCUUGGCUGAGCAAAAUGAAUCUGGUGUGCUUCGCAGAAUAUACAACAGUGCGGCGGUCAUUCACUUUAGAGGAGGAGGGGGUGAAGAUAGAUCUCGACCAAGCUGACUUUGGCUACCAUGUGGGAGAGAUAGAGGUCCUGGUUCCAGAGGGAGGAGAUAUGCAGUCUGCCUUGGGGAAGAUUGAAAGAACGGCUAGGAAACUGGGUCUGACUGGAGAUCAGCGAGUUGAAGGAAAAAUGCAUGUUUACCUUAAAAAAAAAUACCCAGAACACUAUGCAAAGCUGCUGAGUGCACAUGUUUUGUAAGACAUAUUAUACAUGAUCUCUAACUGUUAGGAUUAAAGCUGGGGUACGCAGAA